AUGGGAAUCCUUGAAAAAAUCGCCGAAAUCGAGCAUGAAAUCUCGCGGACCCAGAAAAACAAGGCCACAGAAUAUCACUUGGGUUUGCUCAAAGCAAAACUCGCCAAAUAUCGUCAACAACUAUUGGAACCAACUGGAAAAGGCGGUGCAAAAGGCGAAGGUUUUGAUGUGAUGAAGAGUGGAGAUGCGAGAGUUGCCAUGGUUGGAUUUCCAUCGGUCGGAAAGUCGACGCUGCUCAGUUCGAUGACGACAACACAUUCGGAAGCGGCUGGUUAUGAAUUCACCACAUUGACUUGUAUUCCGGGAGUUAUUAGUUAUAAUGUAGGGUUUAUUUUUGAAAAAAUUGGAGCGAAUAGAACUUCUGUUCCAAAAAUUCAAAUCAUAAUUUUUUGAAACGUAUUUUUCACUGUAUUUUUUCUAACCCAAAAAUCAAUGAAAACUAGUAUUUUUGGACUAAAAAUGGUCAGAAACAUGAGGUUUUAAACCCAAAAAUUUCAGUUUUUGCAAAUUUCGAGCAAAAAUUUAUGAAAACCUUAGAUUUUCACCACUUUCUAGAUUAAUUUUCUUUGUAAAAUGAUAUUUUUGCACUUAAAUUUCACAAGUUUUCCCGAAAAAAUUGAUUUUUUCGCUAAAAAUUGCCACGUGGAUCAUUUUUCGGCGCUAAAAACCCAUGUGAAUCUGAAAAAUAAUGAGAAAUUGAAUUUUAGCCUUUUUCAGACCUGAAAAAAUGGGAUUUUCUUGAAAAUCGCUAAAUUUUGAAUAUAAAAUUGAGAAAAAUACGAUUUUUGAACCUAAAUUUUUCAAUUCUCGAAAUUCUGGAGUAAAAUGAUAUUUUUGAACCUAAAUUUCACAAGUUUUUCCGAAAAAAUUCGAUUUUUCGAGAAUUUUCAGCUUGAUUUUUUUUGUUAAAAAUUGCCACGUGGAUCAUUUUUCACCGCUGAAAAUCCAUGUGAAUCUGAAAAAUGACGAAAACUUGAAUUUUAGCCUUUUUCAGACCUGAAAAAAUGGAUUUUUCCUGAAAAUCUCUGAAUUUUGAAUAUAAAAUUUUGAAAAAUAGGAUUUUUACGAAAUUCUGGAGUAAAAUGAUAUUUUUGAACCUGAAUUUCACAAGUUUUUCUGAAAAAUUGAUUUUUCAAGAAUUUUCAGCUUGAUUUUUUUCGCUAAAAAUUGCCACGUGGAUUUUUCUUAUUUUUUUUGAAUCUGAAAAUUCUUUUCCGAAUUUCAGGCCAAUUUUUCAUUCAAAAUUUGAGGAAAUUUGGAUUUUUAAGGUUCUUUAUCCAAAAAAAAAUCGAAAAAAUCCAAAUUUCUUUUUUUCUGAGCUCAGAAAAAGGUUUUUUUUUCAAAAUUCAAAAUUUCGGGGAAAAAUUGGCGCGAAAAUUUGGAAAUUCAAAAAAUCUGAGCUUCAAACUACAGUACUCUUUUUUAAAGGCACACUGGGCUACAGUAACCUCCAAAUUUUUUGCAGGGAGCAAACAUUCAACUUUACUGUAGAUCUGACAAGCUUCAGACUACAGUACUCUUUUUUAAAGGGACAUUGAGCUACAGUACAUUUUAAAGGAACAUGUAAAAAAAUCUUUUUUUUUCCAAAUUGCGAAAAUUUCAGCUACAGUAAACCUGAAGCUACAGUAACCCAACCUAUCAUAUUUUUAUUGCAGGGAGCAAAUAUUCAACUUCUCGAUUUACCCGGAAUCAUCGAAGGUGCCUCGCAAGGAAAAGGACGUGGAAGACAAGUGAUCUCAGUGGCAAAAACCGCCGAUUUAAUUCUAAUGAUGUUAGACGCUGGAAAAUCGGAUCAACAAAAAAUGUUGCUGGAAAGAGAAUUGGAAAGUGUCGGAAUUCGACUCAACAAAAAACCGCCCAACAUUUAUGUGAAGCAGAAAAAAGUGGGCGGAGUGAAAUUCACGAAUACCGUACCGCUGACGCAUUGUAAUGAGAAAUUGAUUAUGACUGUACUACAUGAAUAUAAGAUUUUUAAUGCUGAUGUCAUUUUUCGAGAGGAUUGCACGUGAGUGUUUUGGGGAGCUGGAAAUUUGGCUGAAAAUUUUGAAAAAUUCUGAAAAUCUCUACAUUUUGAAUAUAAACUUGUUGUGAAUCUGAAAAAUAAUGAGAAAUUGAAGUUAAGCCUUUUUCAGACCUGAAAAAAUGGUUUUUUUCCUGAAAAUCGCUAAAUUUUGAAUAUAAAAUUGAGGAAAAUUGGAUUUUUUGAAAAAUAAUUUUUCAAAUUCGAAAUUCUGGACUAAAAUGAUAUUUUUGAACCCAAAUUUCACAAGUUUUUCCGAAAAAAAAUUUUUUUUUAGAAUUUUUAGCUUGAUUUUUUUGUUAAAAAUUGCCACGUGGAUUUUUCGGCGCUAAAAAGCGCUGUGAAUCUGAAAAAUAAUGAGAAGUUCAAUUUUAGCUUUUUUCAGAUCUGAAAAAUUGAAAUUUGAUCUCGGAAAAUCCUAAACUGGAUAAAAAUACAAUUUUUGACCAAAUAAUGUUUUUUGGGGAAUUUUUAACUUCAUUUUUUCGUUGAGAAUUGCCACGUGGAUUUUUCUUGUAAUUUUUGAAUCUGAAAAUCCUCUGAAAAUUAUGAAAAAUUGGAUUUUUCUAUUGAAAGUGUUAAAAUUCUUGAGAAAAAUGCUAUUUUUUUUACCUACUUUUUGAAAAAAAGUGAAACAGAAUUUUCCUGUCCAAAAAUUGCUGAUGUACGGUAGAACCUGCACAUCUAACUCAAAUUUUUCAAAGUAGUCAGACUUUAAACAUCGUAUGAUUUCUGAAAAUAAAAUAUUUGACCAAGGGAAUUUUCAAAUUCAUUGCCACGUGGAUUUUUUUUCAACCUUUCGUUUUUGAGUCAAAAAUUGAGCGAAAUUUGGACAAUCAGAGCUUUUUGCCCAAUUUGAGGACCAAAUUUUUUGGACAAUAUUGGGCCAAAACAGUUUUCUUGUUAGAGCCGAAAACUUCCUUGUUCUGUUCACAGAUAAUUCGAUUUUCAAAUCAUCAAAUUUCUUUAUUCAAACUGUAUAAAAAUAACAAUCAAAGUUUGAUAAAACAUCAAUUAAACAUGAAAUUGUUGAUUGCCUGUUUAUUGUUGUUAACUUCCCAAAUCGAUGGAUUAACAACCGCUCAAAAAGCUGCCAGUGGAUUCCUUCUCGCAUUUCACAGAGCUAAACUUAAUGGAACAAUGACACAUCUGAUGGACACACCGUAUAGUUUAAAUAUUGUUCAAAAAUGCAUGGACACAAUUGGUAUCGCGAAUUAUUCGAAAAAUGGGGAAAAUUUGACAGAUGCACAAUGGGAGGAGUUCUGGAAAGAGACUUCGGGAAAUGCUGAAUUUAGAUAUCGUGAUUACUACGGGAAGAUACUUUUUAUGAAAUUUAGUAAGAAAGGCCUUUGGGAUGUUAAUUUUGAGUGCCUUCCCAGAGAAGGAGUUGAAGGAGGUUAUGUUCAAAUCGCUUCAUCAUACCUUAUUGGUUGAUAAAAUUUUGAUAUCUUGUAACUUGAAAGAUUGUGCUGGAAAGUUAUAUUGAACUGGAUUAUUUCAUUGAAAAUUGUACAAAAUCCAAAAAAUGAAACUUAUGAUCAAGUAAUAAGUUUUGGGAUUUUUUUUUUUGAUUAAUUUACUGUUUUGGCCGAAUUUUGAUAAUACAUUUGAUCCUCAAAUCAGUCAGGAAUUGACCGAAAAAAUCUGAUUGGCCAAAUUUUGGUGAAUUUGGUGUUUUUCAGUUUGAAAAAUUGAGCCCAAAUCAUGCAAAAAUGAAUUUUUCCUGAAAAUUGGGGAUCAAAAUAAAAUGCAGUGUUCAAAAACCAAAAAAAAAAAACGUGCAAACAGACGUAUUUUUUUCGCAAAAAUCGCAUUUUUUCGCGUUUUCUGGUGUUUUUGAGCCAAAAAUUGAAAGAAUUUGUCUGAAAUUGUGGAAAAAUCAAUGGUGAAACAAGAAAAAAAACGAUUUUGAAAAUUUCAAAUUUUUUCGACCUUUUCGACAUUUUUCAUGUUUCACCAUUGAUUUUUCCUCCAGUAAAUAUCAAUAAACACAAUUUCAGACAAAUACUUUCAAUUUCUGUCCAGUUUGGCUGCUUAUUAACAAUGUUUUAAUUAAAAAAAAUUUGCCAGCUUCACGCGGUAAACAUGUUGGUCUGUUUUUGACUAUUAAAAAAUGGAUCUAAUUUUUUCUUCACCCAAAAAUUCCAGACAUUCCAAAAAUUUUGGGCUAAAUCUACCUUAUUUUUCAAAAAAUGGCGAAUAAUGCCACGUGGCUUCAGAUAAUUUUUUGAAUAAAAAAAGGCGCAAAAAAUCCACGUGGCACUAUUAUAAAUUUUUGAAAAUCCAAAUAGGUUUGGUAUAUUUUUCGGAAAAAAAAUGAGAUGAAAUCCACGUGGCAAAAUAAAUUGUGAAAAAUAUUUUUCAAUUUCGACUCCAAAAUCCCAAUAUUAACUCCAGAAUGCACGAAUUCAGAGGAAUUUUCAAAAUUUAAAAAAAUGGCGCCAAAAAUCGGCUUUUUGAAAAAAAAAUCUAUGAAAAUCACGAAUAAAUUAAAUUUCAGCCAAAAAUCUAAACGUUUACUUAAAAUUGUGGAAAAUCCAAAUUCUGUGCCCCAAAACCCACUGAAAAUCCCAAAUUUAAUUUUUAAAAAAAUCCACGUGGCAUUCAUUUUUCCAAAUUUCUGAAAAAUUGAUUUUUCACCCCGAAAUCCACCAAAAAUCCACAAAUUUUCUUUGGAAAAUUCAAAAAUUUAUGAAAAAUUCGGUUGAAAAUCCAUUUUCACCAAAAACUUUUAAAUUUUUUCAUGUGAAAAUGACACGUGGAUUUUUCGCGUCAUUUUUUGAAUUUCAAAAAUUGUGAAAAUGCCACGUGGAUUUCAAAAUCUCAAAAAUAAAGUCAAAAUCCAAUUUUCAACCCCCAAAACCCCCUGAAAAUCCCAAAUUAAAUUCCAGAAUCGACGAAUUUAUUGAUAUAAUCCAAGGAAAUCGUGUCUACAUGACAUGUCUCUAUGUUUACAACAAAAUUGAUCAAAUCUCGAUCGAAGAAAUCGAUAGAUUAGCUCGAAAACCGCAUCAUGUUGUGAUUUCGUGUGAAAUGAACCUGAAUAUGGAUUAUUUGCUCGAAAAAAUGUGGGAAUAUUUGGCGUUGGUUAGAUGUUACACUAAAAAACCGGGAAAUGCACCGGAUUUGGGACCAGAAGAUGGAAUUAUUUUGAGAAGUGGCGCUACGGUGGAACAUUGUUGUCAUGCAUUGCAUAGGAGUUUGGCGGCGCAAUUGAGGUGGGGGAAAUUUUGAGAAUUUUUAUUGAAAAUUUGGGAAUUUUUGCUGAAAAACCUUGGAAUUUGCAUCUAGAAACUGUGAAAAUUUUAAAAAUUGGUCUUGAAAAAUGAAAAAAAUGUUGGAAAAGUGUUUUUCAUGGUUUUAACCCCGAAAAUUUAUUCAAUUAAUUUUUGAAACGUAUUUUUCAUAGGUUAGAAAUUUGGAUUUUCAGUUGCUUUUUGAGCAACAAUUUGAAACUGGCUUCAAAUUUUCUUCGGAAUUUCUUUGAAACCGUAAAAAUUCAGCCUAGUUUGAGAUUUUCAGAGUCUGAAAUUUGAAUUUUUCUCCUUUUUUUCAUUAGAAAAAUUAUUUUUGGUUGAAAUUUUGAUAUUUUUAAAGAAUAAUUCCGAUUUUUCACCGAAAACUUUCCGAAAUCUGAAAAAAAUGGAAUCAAGUUCAGAAAAUCAUGGUUCUAACCUCAAAAUGUUGUUCAAAUAUUUUUUGAAACGUAUUUUUCCGAAGCCUGCAAACCAGCCUAGAAAUUCAAAUAAAGGGCAAAUUUUUUUCGAAAAAUCUAGGUGGCAAAUUUUUUAGGGUCUUCAAGGCGAGCCUUAGGUGGGCUAUUUUUUAAUUUUGCGAAUAAUCUAGCAACUUGAAACUUUGAACUAUUAUUUGUUUUUUUUUCAAUUUUGAUAAACCAACAAAUCCAAUUUCCUGCUGUCCAGGAAAUUUUCUUUGUUGUAACAACCAUUUCUUCCCCAACACCUCCGCAAACCGAACACUAUAUAAAUGUUUCUUCCCCCUGCCCCCAUUUUGUUCUGAAUCAUCACUUUUUUGUUACUUUUGCCUUAGUUUUUAUAUUGAUUCAUUUUUUUCUUAUAUCUCUCGUGAUGUGGGUUGGACCCACCCGCCACUGCUGAAAUUUUGGCCUGGUCAUGACUCUGUGAGGCGUCUAGUCGUCUAGACAGCUGAACUCCGGAUCCGAUCAUCCCAUCAUUACCAAAACUAUUCGGUUAUCCAGUUUUGAUUGGCUCUAACUGAAGCUCAGGCAGUCAUAGAACAACAAACGGAAGAAGAAUUAGAAAGGAUGUCAUCGGCUAUCACCUCAAGUCCACCACAAUCCGACUCCAACAUCACACUCUGGCAAUUUUUGCUCGAGUUACUGACCACGGAAAGACACACGUUGUCGAAACGGCGAGUUCAAAUUGAUCGACGCCAAAGCUGUUGUGGGGACAACGGAAAGCCAAACCACAUCAUCUACCUUGUUGGAAGAAGCAUUUUUCAAUGGGCUCCCCCCUGUUCUCAUUUUUCGAAUUAUGAUAAAUUGAAGAAUACAUAUCAAGAAGAUGAUUUGGCAGAAGUUUGUUUGUCGAUUCUAGAAACUCGCAAAUGGGCCCAGGAACUUGAAAAAUGGCCCAGAAACCUGAAAAAUUAUCUGGAAAUUCAAAAAAAUUCCUAAAAACCUGAAAAAUGGCCUAGAAGCCUUAAAAUUAGCCUAGAAACCCUAAAAUCGGUCUUGAAACCUUAAAAUUGGUCUAGAAACCUGAAAAAAAUUCCUGGAAUCCCGAUAAAUGGCCUAGAAGCCUGAAAACCAGCCCAGAAAUUCAAAUAAAGGCCUAGAAGCCUGAAAAUUAGCCAUCAAACUCUAAGAAUGGUCUAGAAAUUUCAAUAAUGGCCUAGAAUCUCGAAAAAUGGCCUAGAAGUCCAAAAUUAACCUAAAAUUUCUUAAAGUUGGUCUAGAAAUCUGAAAAAAAAUUCUACAGGGUGACCAGAAAUUAUCCGUGCAAACUAAACCGGUCAUAAAAUCUUCAAAAUUGGAUAUUUUUCAAAGAAAUUUUUUGUUACAGGGUGCGUAAAAAUUACCCGGACAGAGGUUUAGCGGCAGCCCAAGCGAAAAUUGGCGAACAUUUGAUAGAUUGUAUUUUUUAUUUGUUUUAUAAGGAUAUUUCGAAAAGCUCUGCGAAGUUUCAAGUCAAUCGACUAAUUCUGAGCUGGAUUACACAUCCUAGAAACUAGUACAAAUUGUGCUCACUGACACGCGAUUCGGUAACAGCGUUUUCGGAUGUCAUUUUUUUAUCAUGGAAGGUUUAUUUAAGUUAUAAAUUGAUUGGGGGCUCAUUAGAGACAUUCUAGAUGCCAAAGACAGAAGUCUACCUGUUCACCAUGACUCACACCCAGCUCUGAUGGUGAUCUUGAAAUUUCGUCCUUGGCUGGAAACUGUCAGUGGUUUUCGAUGUUCUAGGACCCCAAACCAAGAAUAAAAUUUACAUAAACGGAAUCCGUGAAUUUCAAUUGUCAUUAAAAACUGUAUUCAGCUUAGAAAACAAUUAUUCAAAGCUUUCCCAAGUCCUUUUGACCAAAAACAGGUCAAAAUUUGAAAAAACCACAUUCAAAAAGCAAUUUUUUCGAUAUGAUGAGGUGUAAGAAUUGAGAUAGUAUUAGUCAAGUUCGAACCGAAUGGACUAUUCCCUUUUCAAAUGGGGUAGAAAAAGGUUCUGGGAAAACCCUCAAAUCAAUUUUCAAUGCCUAGAUAAGGCUAUUCUGAAAAACUGGGACGCUUUGUCCGAAAAUGACCCGCGUGCAGCGACAGAGGUAGUCUCCGAACGUUUCCACGUUGGCAUUGCUCAGAAAAUCGACCAGAUCAAGGGAGAUCAGUUUUUAUAUUCUAGUUAGGGACCAAAUGAACUAAUUCUCAAGUGAUAUUGAGAAACCGUAUUCUCUUCUGGGAAUAUCACGAUUUUAAAGUUGUCCGGGUAAUUUUUACGCACCCUGUAACAAUAAUAAAUGCAUAAUAAUUCCAAAAUUAUCACGAAUGUUGAUUUUAGGAUUUUUUCAGGGCUUUCUGGGCCUUCAACCAGAUUUCUAAAAUAGUGAGAAAGGCCGAGUGGAGUUUUGAUUUUGUUUGGUACGUGGAAAACUCCAAUUGUAUUUUUACAACUAUGAAAUGAAUAAGAUAUCUUCUGAUGAUAUUAUUUUUCAAAAAUUACCACUCCAAGUAACCUUGCGGACUGAGAUUCGAUGAGUUUCAGAGGCCCAAAUAAAUUGAAAAAAAAAAGAAAAAUUUUUUUCGCGAAAGUAAAUUUUUGGUUUUGGUCCAAAUGUUAGGUCUUCAUCAGCUUUAAUGGUCUUAUGAAUAUUUUUAAAUUAGAUUAGACUGAGAAAACAUGAAAAUGUUCAAAUAUGAUCGUUUGUUGUGAAUCGUUGUUGGUUUUGACACUUUUAUCAGUAAAAAACAAGGGGCCGAGGGAGUCAUGACCGCCCAAACCAUCCCCAAGGUCGGAAAAUUUAAUUACAUUUUGGCAAAGGCAGAAGAAGUCGUCUAAGAUCCUUUUAGAAACAAGUGAAAAGAGUUUUGAGAAUUUACACAGUUGUUGAAGCGAAAAAUGGGGCAACAUUGUUAACACCGCUAGCCGCGGCUCUUUGCCCAAUUUUUGACACAUCAACAUUAGGCGCUCAAGGUCCAAGUAAGAUUUCAAUUUGAUCACGAUUUUUUGUGAUAGUUUUAAAAUAGUUAUCUAUUGAUUAGUGCUCAGUCAAAAAAUUUGUGGAAAAUAUCAUGUUUUUAAAUAUUUUAAGGCCGGUUGAGUUUGCACGGAUAAUUUCUGGUCACCCUGUAGAAACCUUAAAAAUAGGCCCAGAAGCCUUAAAAAAUGUCUGGAAAUUUAAAAAAUGGCCUAGAAACUCAACUAUUUGUCUAGAAACCUGAAAAUUAACCCAGAAAUCUAAAAAAAAAAUGGGAAUUUCCGUUUUUCGCCCAGUUUUCUUCCAAAAUUUCUCCUAUUUUUUCCAGAUAUGCAAUUGUCUGGGGAACUUCAACCAAAUUCUCACCCCAACGUGUUGGUCUUCAUCACAAAUUGGAUCAUGAAGAUGUUAUUCAAAUUGUUAAGAAAUAAUUUUUCAUUGCUCUUUUUUUGCUCCACAAAAUUUUGCCUGUUUUCGUUUUUUCUUGUUAUUUUUCUCUAGAUUUUCUAUUUAUUGAUUUUUUUUUGGUAUGAAAUUUUUUCGUUUUUUUCCUAUUUCUUGCCCAAAAUUCUGUGUUUUUGUCACCAGAAAAUAUCGAUUUUUCAAAAAUAUUUUUUGAAAAUAAAAAAAAUCAAUAUUUUCAGAUGAUUCUUCGAUUGCUCAUGUUAGUUGUGAUUUCGAGUUCAGCGAAAAUUGAGGGAGCGAAGAAGAAGGAGGAAAAGGUGAGGAUUUUUUGAAAUUUUUGAAAAUUUGAAUUCCACGUAGAAUUUGGAGCAUUUUGAUAUCUAAUAUGAGCAAUGUUAGAUUAAUAUGCCAUUUUCAGAGCUCUCAGAGCCCUGAAAAUGCUCCAAAUGUUGAAAUCGACAGUUUUGCUGAUAAAAUUCAAAAAAUUCAGCAAAUUCUCAAAAUUUUGAGACCAAACAUGAUAAUUUCUGAAUGAUUUUUAGAUUUGGAGCAUUUUCAGAGCUCGCCGAGCACAAAAAUGCUCCAAAUUCAGAACAUGGGCUUGUGAGGUGUCAAAAUUUCCCAAAUUUUCUGGAGAAAAGCGAUAACUUCAGUUCCAGAGCUCACGGAGCACAAAAAAAUCCAAAUUUUUUGCAGUUUUUCGCAACUUACGGUGAUCCCGAAUGCGAUUACGAUGUUCCCUAUAUCUCCACAAAUCCUCUCGGUCCAAACAUCGAAUGUCAAUUUCUGCCCGACAAUUUUCUGGAUUGCCAACAGCCACAAGCGAUUUCACAAAAUUUGCAGACAAAUUCCAAUGGAUCUGUGAAUUCGAAUGGAAAAGUGAGGAAUUUCCAGUUUUCAAAAAUAAAAAUUGAUUUUCAGCUUCCUGGAGAAUGUCUGAAAAUGGGCGGAGCUCGAAUUGAAGAUGUCGAAUUUACCGAUGUGAUUUGUCAGGUUUUGUAUUGUAUUCCGUGUCGAGGAGAAAGACAGUUUUUAAGGAAAACACCGUGUAUCAAGUGAGUUGGCGGGAACUUUUUCGGCCUUUGAAAAUUUGGAUUUCCAGAAAAAUGUUCUGAAAAUUGUUGUAACCUUUCAGAAUCUAAUAAAAAAUCUUCAAAAUUAGGAAAAUUCGUUGGGGAAAAACUUUUUUCGGAAUUUUUUUCUGAAGAUUUCAGACCUCGGAAAAUUUGGAUUUCCAGAAAAAUUGUAAUUUCAGAAUGUGACGAAAAAUUUAAAAAUUCUAAUUUUUUGAAAUAUGCCAAGUUUUUGCUUUUCAGAAUUUUAAGAUUUUGAAAAAUUUUGUUUCUGAAAAUUUUUGGCCUCAAAAAAUUAGAUUUUCAGAAUCUGACAAAAAUUUAAGAAUUAAAUUUUUUUUAGAAAUUUUUUACUUCUGAAUUUUCAGUUUUCAAAAAAUCUGAGAUUUUCCGCUUGAAUCUGACAAAAAUUUAAAUUUUUUGAAAUUAGGAUUUUUUGAUUGGUAAUUUUUGCUUUUCAGAAAAAAAUAAAUAUUUUUAUUUUUUGAAAUUAGGAUUGACAUAAAAAUUUUUAAAUUAAAAGUUUGUUAAAUUUCACAAAAAUUUCCAGAGUUUUCUAAUUUUUUUUAAAUCUGGAAGUUUUCAAAAUUCGAAUUGACAUAAAAAUUUUUCGUUUAUUUUUUUGUCAUCUUGAAUUUCAGCAUUCUAAUGUUUAGAGAAAAUUUCCAGUUUGUAAAUUUUCAGAUUUCUAGUUCAAAAAACUCAUCUUCUCCAAUUUUGCAGAUACACUGGCCAUUAUUUCCUCUCCACACUUUUAUACUCAGUGCUUUUGGGUGUUGCUGGCGUCGAUCGAUUUUGUUUGGGUUAUUCAGCAAUGGCCGUCGGAAAAAUGAUGACAUUGGGUGGAUUUGGAAUCUGGUGGCUAGUUGAUAUUUUUCUAUUGAUUUUCGGCAUUCUUCUACCAGCUGAUGAUUCGAAUUGGGAACCUUAUUACUAG